AUGGGCACACCAGACGCAGCCAUCUAUGGCAGCUGUGCCGACGAGACAGUCGAUUCAUUCUCCCGAGGAAACUAUCGUCUUGCAGCGACAAAGUACCUGCAAUCCUUUCAAGCUUCACCGGAUCGUUGGGAAGUCAAUCGUUGGCAGAUAUUUCAUGGCUUCACGUCAAUUUUGACUGAAGAGUAUUUUACGGCCAGUCUCGAAAACGACAUCAAUCCUCUCAAGGACAUUGUGGAGGACAACAAGGAACUCAAACUCUUUCGCAUCGAAGCAGCCUUUGCCACUGGCCUGCUUUUGUGGAUGAGAGGAAAUCGAGAAGAGGCUGCUGAUUACUAUCGCCAUGCUAUUCAAUUGGCCGAAAAGAUACCAAAGCAGGAGAAGAAACACAAACUUGUCGCUACCGUUGAGUCACCGACUGGCAAUCACCGGCUUGGUUUCCAAUCUAUGGGAGAACUUAUUCCAGGCAUUGUCAAAGUUUGCACCGGAAACCUUCAACGUAUGCAGGCUGGUAUAUCUUCAAAUUUGCCUCCCCCAGAACAUGGAUUGCGGUCCGAUGGAACGCCAUUUCCUUCAACACAGCGCUUUACCGGAGUCCCAGUGGGACAUGUUUCUGAUGACGGAUCGAUCUUGUCCCAAGCGGAAGUGGACAAACUUAUUCAAGUAGGAGGUGAACGGUGCGAUUGCUGUGGAAAAUCGCGUGAGGAAUUGGGUAGACUUUUCCUCGAUAGAUGCAGUGGCUGUAGCAAGGCCUACUAUUGUAACCGUGAUUGCCAAAUGAAACAGUGGAAGGCUGGUCACAAAAAGUGGUGUCGCAAACCAGGGGUAUUCAAGCCUGGUGAUUACGUUCGUCUACACGGACUACAAUCCCAACCGCAGUUCAACGGGACCGUGGUGCAAGUGGUCCAUGAAGAUCCGAAUGCCAAAGGGCUUUUUGCGGUGAAGAUCCAAGGGGGAACCAAAUCCGUUUCCAUUUCUUCGGAGAAGAUGGAGCAGUUGCGACCUUUGAAAUAA